AUGGCUAUUUUUCUCCUCACUGCCAUCCACAACCGUGGCGCUGCACUGACCAACUGCUGGGCACUCAUCGACGGCAUGGCACGGCCUAUAUGCCGGCCCAAAAGAAACCAGCGUGACUACUUCUCCGGCCACAAGCGGAUUCAUGUAGUGAAGUACCAGUCGGUGAUGUGCCCGAAUGGCAUUGUAUGGCAGCUUGAUGGUCUAUACCCUGGAAAGCGGCAUGAUGCAGGGAUACUCCAAUGCAGCGGCCUCUAUGCCAAACUGGAGAAGCUGGUGGGGCCCCAUCACUUCGUCAUGUACGGUGAUCCGGCCUACCCCUUGAAACCGCUCCUAAUGAAGCCUUUUGGCGGCUCUUCCUUGACGGCCACACACACAGCUGGCAUUCAACUACAGCAUGAGUCGUGUUCGUCAGUCUAUGAGUGAGGCUUUGGAAAGGUUGUUGCUGAAUUUGCCUUUCUAGAUUUUAAGAAGAACCAGAAAUUGCUGCGCCAACAAGUGUCUCAGAUGUAUAAAGCUGCAACAAUUCUAACUAACUGCCACACAUGUAUAUACGGCAGUCAGGUGUCGUAAUACUUUGGACUUGAUCCGCCUAGCCUACUUGAGUACCUGAGGCCA